UUGUGCAGUCAGGGCUUCUGCUGGGCAGGGCAGGCUGUUAAUCUCGCCUGGCGGACACCGGGGCGUGGGGGGGGAGAUGGCCCUUAUAGGUGGCGUCCGCUGGUGAGAAACACCUUGCGCAGGUAAAAGGGUGGCGGCGAGAGGGAGUUCCCACCCAUGGCUUUCUUAGAGAAAUGAAGUCUUAAGUCUUAAACAGACAACAAGGAGGGGCCGUUCGGUGUCUUUUGGACGCGCCAGGAGCCCCACCCUCCGCCAAAGGAAAAGCCCCUUGGAUGAGAGGCAGGCGCUUCAGAGAAGCUGAGAAAAGCGCGUCUCCGCGCGCGCCACCUCCUCCGCCUCGCGCUCCUCCUGAGCAGCGGGCCCAGCCUGUGCCCCGGCCGCGGUCCUCGCCCCGCCGAGUCCUCCUACCCCGGCCCGACGCUCGGCCCGCGAUCUGUCCCGAACCCUCUCCAUGGCGGCAGCCCGCCCCUCCGGCUCCUGGAGCGGAGCCCUCUGCCGGCUGCUCCUGCUGACCCUCGCGAUUUUAAUAUUUGCCAGUGAUGCCUGCAAAAAUGUGACAUUAUAUGUUCCCUCCAAACUAGAUGCUGAGAAACUUAUUGGUAGAGUUAACCUGAAAGAGUGCUUUACAGCUGCAAAUCUAAUUCAUUCAAGUGAUCCUGACUUCCAAAUUUUGGAAGAUGGUUCAGUCUAUACAACAAAUACUAUUCUAUUGUCCUCGGAGAAGAGAAGUUUUACCAUAUUACUUUCCAACACUGAGAACCAAGAAAAGAAGAAAAUAUUUGUCUUUUUGGAGCGUCAAACAAAGGUCCUAAAGAAAAGACAAACUAAAGAAACAGUUCUAAGGCGCGCUAAGAGAAGAUGGGCUCCCAUUCCUUGUUCGAUGCUAGAAAACUCCUUGGGUCCUUUUCCACUUUUCCUUCAACAGGUUCAAUCUGACACAGCCCAAAACUAUACCAUAUACUAUUCCAUAAGAGGUCCUGGAGUUGACCAAGAACCUCGGAAUUUAUUUUAUGUGGAGAGAGACACCGGAAACUUGUAUUGUACUCGUGCUGUAGAUCGUGAGCAGUAUGAAUCUUUUGAGAUAAUUGCCUUUGCAACAACUCCAGAUGGGUAUACCCCAGAACUUCCAUUGCCCCUAAUAAUCAAAGUAGAGGAUGAAAAUGAUAACUACCCAAUUUUUACAGAAGAAACUUAUACGUUUACAAUUUUUGAAAAUUGCAGAGUGGGCACUACUGUGGGACAAGUGUGUGCAACUGACAAAGAUGAGCCUGACACAAUGCAUACACGCCUGAAGUACUCCAUCAUUGGGCAGGUGCCACCAUCACCCACCCUAUUUUCUAUGCAUCCAACUACAGGUGUGAUCACCACAACAUCAUCUCAGCUAGACAGAGAGUUAAUUGACAAAUACCAGUUGAAAAUAAAAGUACAAGACAUGGACGGUCAAUAUUUUGGUCUACAGACAACUUCAACUUGUAUCAUUAAUAUUGGUGAUGUAAAUGACCACUUGCCAACGUUUACUCGUACUUCUUAUGUGGCAUCAGUGGAAGAAAAUACAGUUGAUGUGGAAAUUUUACGAGUUACUGUUGAGGAUAAGGACUUAGUGAAUACUGCUAAUUGGAGAGCUAAUUAUACCAUUUUAAAGGGCAAUGAAAAUGGAAAUUUUAAAAUUGUAACAGAUGCCAAAACCAAUGAAGGAAUUCUCUGUGUAGUUAAGCCAUUGAAUUAUGAAGAAAAGCAACAGGUGAUCCUGCAAAUUGGUGUAGUUAAUGAAGCUCCAUUUUCCAGAGAGGCUAGUUCAAGAUCAGCCAUGAGCACAGCAACAGUUACUGUUAAUGUACGGGAUCAGGAUGAGGGCCCUGAGUGUAACCCUCCAAUACAGACUAUUCGCAUGAAUGAAAAUGCAGCAGUGGGAACAACAAGCAAUGGAUAUAAAGCAUAUGACCCAGAAACAAGAAGUAGCAGUGGCAUAAGGUAUAAGAAAUUAACUGAUCCAACAGGGUGGGUCACCAUUGAUGAAAAUACAGGAUCAAUCAGAGUUUUCAGAAGCCUGGAUAGAGAGGCAGAGACCAUCAGAAAUGGCAUAUAUAAUAUUACAGUCCUUGCAUCAGACCAAGCAGGGAGAACAUGUACAGGGACACUGGGCAUUAUCCUUCAAGACGUGAAUGAUAACGGCCCAUUCAUACCUAAGAAGACAGUGAUCAUCUGCAAACCCACCAUGUCAUCUGCGGAGAUUGUUGCGGUUGAUCCUGAUGAGCCCAUCAAUGGCCCACCCUUUGACUUUAGUCUGGAGAGUUCUACUUCAGACGUACAGAGAAUAUGGAGACUGAACAAAAUUAAUGAUACAGCAGCACGUCUUUCCUAUCAGAAUGACCCUGCAUUUGGCUCAUAUGUAGUACCUGUAACAGUGAGAGAUAGACUUGGCAUGUCCAGUGUCACUUCAUUGGAUGUUACACUGUGUGACUGCAUUACCGAAAAUGACUGCACACAUCGUGCAGAUCCAAGGAUUAGCGGUGGAGGAGUACAACUUGGAAAGUGGGCCAUCCUUGCAAUAUUGUUGGGCAUAGCAUUGCUCUUUUGCAUCCUGUUUACGCUAGUCUGUGGGGCUUCUGGGAUAUCUAAACAACCGAAAGUAAUUCCUGAUGAUUUAGCCCAGCAGAACCUAAUUGUAUCAAACACAGAAGCUCCUGGAGAUGACAAAGUGUAUUCUGCGAAUGGCUUCACAACCCAAACUGCGGGUGCUUCUGCUCAGGGAGUUUGUGGCACCAUGGGAUCAGGAGUCAAAAACGGAGGUCAGGAGACCAUCGAAAUGGUGAAAGGAGGACAUCAGACCUUGGAAUCCUGCCGGGGGGCUGGGCACCAUCACACCCUGGACUCCUGCAGGGGAGGACACACGGAGGUGGACAACUGCAGAUACACCUACUCGGAGUGGCACAGUUUCACUCAGCCCCGUCUCGGUGAAGAAUCCGUUAGAGGACACACUCUGAUUAAAAAUUAAACAAUGAAAGAAAGUGUAUCUGUGUAAUCAAGAUGAAAAUCACAAGCAUGCCCAAGACUACGUCCUGACCUACAACUAUGAAGGAAGAGGAUCGGUGGCUGGGUCUGUAGGGUGUUGCAGUGAACGACAAGAAGAAGAUGGGCUUGAAUUUUUGGAUAAUUUGGAGCCCAAAUUUAGGACACUAGCAGAAGCAUGCAUGAAGAGAUGAGUGUGUCCUAAUAAGUCUAUGAAAGCCAGUGGCUUUGUGACUUUUUAAAAAAUGACAAACCAAGAAUUUGUUAAAACGGCGGAUGCUAUUUGUGGGGAUUUUUCUCUCAUUAUUUGGAUAGAAUCUCUUUGGUCAAAUGCACAUUUACAGAGAGACACUAUAAACAAGUACACAAAUGUUUUAAUUUUUACGUAUUUUUAAGUUAUCUUCUAUCCAAGGAGAUCUACAGAUAAAGUGCCUUAUUUGUUACAUUUGGGUAUAAUGACAACAGCCAAUUUAUAGUGCAAUAAAAUGUAAUUAAUUCAAGUCCAUAUUAUAGACUAUUUGAAGCACAACCUAAAGCAAAAUUGUAGAGACCUUGCUUUAACAUUUUCUCCAGUUAAUUACAUGUUCAUGCGGUGCUUGGAAACUGUUGUUUUCCUAAACAUCCAAAGUGUGUAGACUGCAUUCUUGCUAUUAUUUAAUUCUUGUACUGUGGCCUUUUUCAUAGUGCAAAGGGAGAUUUCUAGCGAGGCACUGACUAUUAUUGCAAUUUCAUUUUGGUGGAGUUUAGUUUUAGGUUUUAUUGUAUAUAAAAUCCUGCACUGAAUCUAUGUCUCCUUGUUACCUACUUUUGCCAGUGAAAUGUAAGUUUUAAAAUACUUUCAGAAUGUAUUUUUACUACUGCAAGUUUUUGGUCUUUAAAAUGUCAAGUAGCAUCUCUCUCUUUCUCUUGUUCUGUUUCUCUCUUCUGUUUUUUUUUUUUUUUUUUAUUUCCAUAUGGGCUAAAGAAUCCAAAUAUUUUAAAAAUCUGUCUCUCUUCUCUCAUAAAGUGAAUUAUUCCUUUUUUUGUUUUAUGUAAGUGUAUAUAUUCUGUUUUUUCUUGAAAUCAUUGUAAUGUUAACUUUGUUGUUUCAAAUAUCUUGGUGAUUGCUUCAUUAUCUCUUCAACAAAGAACGUUUAAUUUUGCCAUUGAAACUGUAGAACUACGUCAUGCUUUUAUUAGAAGCAAUGCUCUAUAUUAACAACAGGAAUGGUGUAAUUAGAAUUGGGAUGUGGAUAUUUACUGUAUGACAACACAUUUACAGUUCUUUAAUGCAAGGAUGCAGUUUAAAAAUGCAAAGUAGUGAUGGUUUUUGAAAUAAGCUUUAAAAUACAGGGAUCUUGAAAGCUCCCUGGGGUAACUAUUUUAUAACUUAGAUAAAAUGGCUAGUCAUAUCUAUGUGUGUGAAAAGUUAUUUUUUUAAUAUUUUAAGAUUACAAUUUUAACAAAUAUAGAAAUGAGCCAAACUAUUUAAAUUUUAAAACAGUAAGACAAAAUGAAACUUAAUACCCAAAAAAUUCCAGUCCAGGUUUCAUGACUUACUUUAGUCAAUGAAUUUUCUAGGUAUACUAAACAUAUGGACAUUUUAAAUGUGUUUCUAAUAUUUGUGAUUAUCUAUAAUGUGCCUGUCUUGAAUUCACAAGAUUUGGUUAUAACAAUUAUUUGGAAGAUUAACAUUGGGUAAUUAUUUGAUAACCAGCUUAUUUUAUCAGUAGUUGUAUUGCUGAUCAGGCAAAAAUAGUUUCCCAAAGUUGUUUUUAAUAAACUAUUUACAAAAUUCUUAUAUAUUGCUAGUCAUGAUAAAGUAAAUUCAGCAGUUUUUAAAACCUAGUGUGAGUUUGUUAAUCACAGGUCUGAUAUGAGUUUAAGGGAUUUUAUACUUUCUGAGUUAGAGAAGUAAGACUCCUUCCUUAGAUUCCUGUUAUACAUUUUUUAAAAUGUAAAGUUUGUUUUGGAGACAUUUUCAGUGCAUUGUUAUUACCAUAUUUAUAUAAUAUGACUGUUCUAAAAACUGUGAUGCCAUGGGGUAUUGGUUAAGUUGUCUGCUUUCUCUUUGUCCAUUUUCAUCAUUUUAAAAUGGGGGAUAAUAGCAGAACUUGUUUCCUAGGGCCAUUGUAAGUCACUUGAAUAAAAAAUAGUUUUGAAGCAUGAGAGUCAUGCAGAGUGGUCCACCUAAAAGGCACUCCUGAUAAUAAUAAAUGAUUUUAAACAA